GGCAAUAAGCUCAUCGUCUUGCCUGUCGCGCGCAUUGCAUAACGGCACCGUGCGCGCCCCCGUGCGAGCGAAUAAAAUGCGCGCGCAGGACCUCACCGCUCAGUGCUACCGGUAAUACUCCGUCCGCUCUACUUCGACCCGAGAUCAGAGACUCGCUCCAACCUUCCUCACGGAUUAAACAGCCGCUGCUCCAUCGCGACCACUUUUCCCGCGUUCCUCUUCAAAGGGCUUCAAAGAUGGCAAACACGGCCAUGCAGGUGCUCGGUUAUGUCCUCUGCUAUGCUGGACUGUGUGGUCUGAUCGCGUCCACCUGCAUGACCGACUGGAAGAGAAUUGCGCGCGCUAACGGGGACACGGCGCCGCAGGAGGAGCGCGUGGGUUUAUGGAUGAGAUGCAGCACGGUCGCCGGGGCCUCGAUCACCUGCACGCUCUUCACCUCCAUCCUCCAUCAGUCGCUGGAGAUCAAUGUGAGCAGAGGGCUGAUGAUAAGCAGCAUCAUCUUCUGUGGUCUAGCUUUGCUGGUGACCAUCCCUGGGCUCAAAUGUACCAGAUGUUUAGACAGGAGCAAGCAGAUGAAGAGCAAAUUGGCCAUUGUUGGUGGUGGCUUAUCCAUUAUUGGUGGUCUUUGCGGCUUUGGAUUAAUCUGUUGGUACGGUAAUGAAGUCACCCAAGAGUUUCAGAGAAACAGUAUGAUCAAGUAUGAGUUUGGAUCGGCUCUGUUUCUCGGAGGAGCUGCAGCUUUGCUCUCCAUCAUCGGAGGUGCUCUCCUGUGCGCUAGCAGUAAACCACAGAAGCAGUUCAGGUCAUAUCCAGACAAGCCGUCUGUCUCCCAGACUGAGUCCACAGAGUAUGUCUGAAGAUAUCUGCAGCCGCUUCGCCUGAGAUCUACCAGAGAUGUGAAUAUACUCGUCUACGAGGCCAUGAGUUUACUUAGUUUACAAUGCUGAAGGUCAGAGUUGGGUUUGUUUUCCUUUUUUUGCUGUUUAAGACUGUACAAGUCACUGACUGCAGCCACAAAGUAAUAAAUGUCUUCAUUAUUUAAUAAAUCUCUACUUUUAUAUAUAGAUUUGUAGGUAGUUUUAUAUAUAAACAGCUACAGAAGUAAUACAUGCUUUUUUAUUUUUUAACCACUAAUUCUAUGUAUGUGUUUAUUAUAUAAACUGGUCUGUUUUGUAAUACUGCUGGUUUUCAUAUAUUUAAUGUAAAUGUAAAAUACAUUUAUAAACUCUUUUCUUA